AGUACUUCCGGGGUCAGUCGCGACAGUCGGCGUGCGGAUAUUUUUGAUGUUUUGAAACCCACGAGAGCCGCCAGCGCGUGUCUCCCGUUAAAGACCGACCGGCAGAGAGGCUGAGCGAUGAACGCCGUCUUCCGGAAGUUGCAGGCGUCCCUGUUCAACCAAGCGCCUGCGUUAUGCCGGGCCACGCCGUGCGUCCAGCGUCCCGUUGGCGCGUCUGAGAACGAGAGGCGCUACAGAUCCAUGCCGACGAACGGCAUCGGCAGGUGGAGACAUCUAAUCGCCAAAGAGGCGCCAAAGAAAAAGAAAGACAAACAGCAGAUGAAAGCGAUGCUGGCGGAGACGGACACGGCAUACGCGACUCUGAACGUGAACGUGUCGGGUUACGACAUGACGCUGGUGGAGCAUUACGCCCAGUACAUACACAACCUCUGCAACCGGCUCGGCAUCAAGGUGGCAGAAAGCUACGCGCUGCCCACCAAGAGCACGGAGGUCAUGCUGAUGCCGGAGCAGGGCACCAAGAUGUUUGUGGACUCCGUCCUGAAGACGCACUGGCGAGUCAUCCAGCUGAGCAGCCUGGACUCCGCGGCGUGUCCCGUGUUCAUCGACGUCCUCUUGAAGAACCAACCAGAGGGAGUCCAGCUCUCUGUGAAGGAGCACACCGUGGCCGACUUCCAAGCGAGGUUCAAAGGUCGUCCAGACCUGGAGGGGCUGAUGGCUCAGAUCAGCAACUAGGACACAAGGACACGCCUCCUUCAGACAUCUUGAUUUUCUUUCUUUAUUCUCUGACAUUUCUUUACUGAAUGCCAUGAAACGUGAUAAUUUGCAUCGAAAAUAUUAAAUAAUAACUUUACACAUUCA